AGGGGGAGUGUAAAGAUGGUGGCCGCUGUCACUAAACCAGAUCUUACUGGGUUUAGGAGUUUAUGUGUUUUAUGUCCAAUGUUUCACUUGAAAAACAUCCGUCAGAUAACAUGUCUCUUUGUUGCCGUUUGUAUUUUGACGAGCCAGUCGCUGGCAGACGACACGGACUUUAUGGAGGAGUUUCUGAAGCGGGAAUAUUCUCUGGUGAAGCCGUACCGAGGGCUGGGUUUCUCUAGUUCUUCACAGUGGGAUCUGAUGGGCACUGCCAUGGUCACACCCGACUAUGUGAGGCUGACUCCAGAUCUACAGAGCAGGCAGGGAGCCGUGUGGAGUCGAAUCCCUCUCCUCUUGAAGGACUGGGAGCUCAAGGUACAUUUUAAAAUCCAUGGCCAGGGAAAGAAAAACUUAAAUGGGGAUGGACUGGCCAUCUGGUUAACCAAAGAACGUAUGGUGAAUGGUCCUGUGUUUGGCAACAUGAACCAGUUCACUGGACUUGGAAUAUUUGUGGACACUUACCCUAACGCUGACAAGACCCACGAUAGGACUUUUCCUUACAUAUCAAUGAUGCUGGGAAAUGGGACCCUGUCGUAUGACCAUGACCGUGAUGGACGGCCCACUGAGCUUGGAGGAUGCACGGCUUUGGCACGCAAUUCAGUUCACGACACUUUUUUCCUUCUCAGAUACACCAAAAAUAGACUGACGCUCGUGGUUGAUGUAGAUGGUAAACAGGAAUGGAGAGACUGCGCCGACAUCACAGGACUGCGGCUACCUACAGGCUACUUCUUAGGUGCCUCCUCCGCCACUGGAGACCUGUCAGAUAACCAUGACAUCAUCUCCAUGAAGUUGUACCAGCUGGAUGUAGAGAGGACUCCAGAGGAGGAAGAGGAGGAGGAGGUCACUGUCCCCAGAGUUGACAACAUGGAACAGUUUCAAGUGAAAGUCGAGGAGGAAGGAAUGAGCGGCGUCCAAUUCUUCUUCACCUUCCUCUUCUCCAUCCUGGGCCUGGGUGUGCUCGGAGUGGUAGGGCUGAUGGUUUACGGCCGCUGGAAGGAAAACAAACGCAAGCGCUUCUAUUGAUCAGAGAGCAGUUGAUCCACUUAGGUUUUCAGAAUGUGUGUUUCCUAAUUGACAUACAUGACAACAAUGCAAAGACUGCCAUAGCUUUACUGAACAAUACAAGUCAAAUGAACUUAACAAACAACAACCUCAUGAGCCAAGAAAACAUAAACAGCUGAGAUGAUGAGAAAAGACGAGCCAGCUGUAAAAUAUUCUUUUUGAAGUGUUCUGGAAGGUAGAUGAGAUAAAGCUGCUCUUGUGAUUUUAUUUUUUUUUUUUGUACUAAAAUUUGCUCAUCUCAAUUUAAAGCACAGUGGAACUACGAUGUCCCUUCUGCACUGCACUAAGUGAGACACUCUUCCACCAACAGGAAGAGAGACAAAUUCCAGAAUCGGUAGCAAAAUCAGAUGCUGUGUGGCGUUUACUGACGACACAUUACAGGAUUUCUGCAGACCAGAUCCAGCUCCAAGUGGAUGGGACUGCUGAGGCAGCUCCUGAUGGGCGGGCAGGGUUCAAGCGUUCAUGUAUUGAGACAACAGUAAGAGAAGCUAGCAAUGUGAUAAAAAAAAAAAUGUAUGCAAGAAGAUGAUAAUUAAAAUGAACUAGUUAGGGGAUAGCUAACAGCGACGCCUAAUGCUGUAGCCAUAUCUUCUUCAUUCAUCUUGUUAGAUUCUAAUUAUGUGGCCUAAACUAAUUUUAGGAUGUUUACAUCAAUAUUCUCUUCUUGUAAAGCAAAACAAAUCUAUAUUUUUGAUGACUUGUCUUGCACUCAGGCUGUUACAUAUGGGAUCACACGUGAUUUGGGGUUACUAGCUAACUCACCCAUUGUAUGCUUACUGUUAGCUAGUAGAGCAGGAGCGUAGUAGUAGGCACGUGUUUGCUUUUCACCUGGUAAACCUGUGAAAAUGAAGGAUGUGGGUGAUCUUUCUAGUUGGUGUCCUAACAGUACAGAUGAGUUGAUGUGUGGAGGCUACAGCUAAUGUUAGUCCACUGCAGCUCCUCUAGUUCCACGUGAGCAGUGAUCAAAAAGUUCAGGGACUGUGCCUGUAGAAAGAAAAAAAUCAUACAUUACUUAAAAUUUGCUGCCAAAGUAGUCUAUUGGUGCAGCGAUGAACUCCUCUCAGCGCUUGUAAUGCUCCCUCGUGUCGUUAUGUCACAAUGUCAGGCACAAUCUGCAAUAAAAGCUGAAUCUCUUAAAAUGUCAAAAUAGCAACCGUUCAAUUUGAAUUUCAUUUUUGGGAAAGAAAGAGAAGUCACAGGAACCCAAAUCUAGAAAUAUGGCGGGUCUUGUGUUGUUGUGGCCAAAAACUAUGUAUGUAAUUACCAUGCUAUGUCCAGGUAAACAGGAUGUUGGAUCAUCCACGUUUCGUAAAGGUGCACUAACAGUCCCACAACUUUUUGAUUACACCUUGUAUUUCUCUUCAGCUAUUUGUGAAGCCCUGCCCACUUUUUUUUAGCAAUCCAGUCUCAGUCCUCUUAUUCAGUUUCACUUAGAAGUCCAUCAGAUAGCUGAACACAAAGAUGCUAUAGAUUACAUUUCACCGUAGCUCCAGUGAUCUUCUUGGAAAGAACUUUCAUUGCGUCUGCCAGCUCAUUCCUCUGGGAACUGGCUGUGGUCUGCAGAGAGGAGUGCAGUGUGUCGUUCCCUCUUACCUCCACUUUAAUCUAACUUGUAGCUGCUGUGAAGACCAAUCAACCUGUGGAUUGUUGUAGACUUCUUGCUGCACUGAAAAAAGUCAAACUGUACUGAGCUCCCAUGAAUCUGAGAGCCUCUUAUAAGUCAGGCAAAGCACUUACAUCAGCUUUACAUAUCACGUGAAUUUAUGUUAGCUGAUUGUAAAUGUACACAAUUGAUGAAACAUUGAGCUCGAUGUUAAACAUUCAAAUAAAGAUUCGAGUUACCAGUGCUGCUUAAAGUGCCUAGCUAGGACCAAUAAAGACAAGCUCUUAUUUGAUGUUCAAUCUUUUAUUUUCUAGUUGGCAUCACAAGUAUUUGGCUUCAUUAACGUUCUGAAGCUACCAACAGUUCUGAUUUAUGAUAAACCCACAUGAAAGUUUAUCCAAAAGCAUUCAGUCACCAUUGUGCACCAGGUAUCGUUUUAGAAACAGCUUUUUGUUGUUUCACCAGACCCCCGUCAGUAGAAACAUUUUUACAUUUCAUCAACUAAUUCAUUUGUGCUUUCGACUUUUGCUCUAGCCCGCACUGUGAACUAAAUAGCCAUAAACAGGAUUAUGUAGUGAAAUGUGAGUUGGAGUAUGUGAAUAUGAAUGUGUACUGUUUAGUUAUUUAACCUGUCAUAGGACUGACGCCAUCAUGUAAGUCGGUGCCUUACUGCCGGUGUCCAGCGGAUGCAGCCAUGUCAAGCUCCAUCAUAAUCUUGCAUUUUAGGGACAUCUUUACUUCUUUACGAAUGCAGCAAAACAAUGUUUGCCUGAAGAAUGAGAAGGAACACUGCAAACUUCCAUGUUUUUUGAUAAAGAUGUGACAGACUGCUGACUAAAGUCACAAAAAGUGGUAAAUGUCAGCCUUAUAAAUAGACAUUUAAAACAACUUUAUAUAAUACAGGUAAUGAACAGACUGCUUCGAGAAGCUCCACCUCUGAAUCAUCCAUCAGCCGCAUCCACUGGACACGGAGAAGUUAUUCAUAUUAGCCUUUUUCACAGCAGACAUUUGUCAUCACAGCAACAACAGUGGCUGUCUUCUGUUCAGGCACUCCAGUAGGUCAUGACAAUUUCAGGACCCUGAAACUGAAGCAGCUACAUGGAACUGAUUUGUUCACUUAAUCAUUUACACCUGCGCUUUUCCUAAUGUGACGUGGAAAAAUGUUGCUAAUGGAAAUAAAGGCCUGCAGUCAAUAAAGAGGAAUUCCACGUAAACUGGUGGGUUUCACCUCUGCAAAGGUACAUUCAUGGAUUUAAUUGAAAGAAAACAUUCUUAUGAUUCAAAAAGGUUAUGCUAAUGAUUUAACAUUGUACUCCUGUAUUAUAAUUGUUAGGUUUUAAAUUAUGAAAAUCAAUGAAACAGAAUUGAAAAUCUUCUCCUUUUAACCUGCUGCCUACACUACCCACAGUGCUAACGUGUCCUCUAGCCUCAGAUGAGAACUGGAGUGACCUACAGAGUUCUGGUAAGCUGACUAACUCAACUGCCCCAGAUUUCUUUUAAACUUGUACUGAUCAAACAUAACUGACUCAAGUAACUGAUAUUUGUCAGGCUGAUACUAAAGGCUAUGUACAGCUUUGUUUGCAUGUUCCCAACACCUGAGAACACACUUUGAUGAGUAAAAUCAGUGGAGUUUCCCUUUUACCUUGUAACAAGAAUAGCAGUAGCUGUAAACUCAGCACCCCAACAGAGUGACCUGUAAGUCCACUUCAGCUGUGUGUGUUGUCGUGCUUGUAUGCGAAUAGUUAUUAUUCUUGGUUUAGUUGUAUGAUUAUUAUGAAUACCUCACCGAAAAGCAAACCAGGUGAGAAUAGACAGAUGUUUCAAGCUAAAAGUCAGAUCACCACUUCUCUGUUUUCUGACUUAAAGGCUUCUCCUGUGUGACAUUUUGUAUUUUUAUUAAAACUUAGACCAGGUUUGUGAAAAAGAAAUACUGAGGAAAAGCUUAUGUCAAGUUUGAUCUGUGUGAAGCAUCAAGAGUACACAAUAAAACUCUAAGUGUUUAAUCAUAGUCCCUAAUAUUAAAACAACACCAGUGUUUUUUUUAAUUGUAUAAUGCAGUUUUUCAAGGCCGUUCCCUAAAAGUUUUACUUUCAGUGAAGUAAAAAAAAAACCUUUGUAACAGUGACAUAUUUGAAGGUGUCAAAGUUUAGAAUAACUCAAACUCCAACACAAAACUUGGAAUCUUUACUAAAUCUAUACAAAUGUGUUUUAAAAAAAUAAAUAAAUGAAUGAAAAAUGCUAGAAAUCUGAAAAUUGUUCAGGUUUCAAAACUUUUGUGGGAACAUUGGACAGAGUUUCAUUUGGUUGUUGCAUUGUGUAUUCUUGAACGCUCCAUUGUAGUUCUCCUAGCUUUUAAAGCCAUAUCAAUCAGUAGUUGUCUAUAGUUUGAACCUGUUUAUGGUUUUGCUUAGAGUUACUUCACCAGCAAAACCUGAGUCCAACAUCGUCGUCCUUCUAAAAGUUUUACUGUUCUUCUAAUCGUUUAUGUAGAUUAUCUGUAGUCUUUACUGCGUGUCAAGACAUUUGUCCUCAUCAAUAAAUUUAACAUGAGCCGUCACUGUAGCAAUCAGCCCUGUAGGUGAUUAUGGAAUAAUAAUGUUCAGCCAGUUAUGCUAAAAAUCCAAACCCUUGUCUGAACAAAGUGUGAGUGAAGAGCAGAUGUUGGUUGUUUUUCAAUAAAAGUUUCUAUGGUGACUUUC